AUGGCCGACGGCUCUGCCAUUGCAUCCCACUCGAACGACUGCGCCGAUUGCGAUUGGCGUAUGGCCUAUGUCCCAGCAAAAGACCAUCCACCCCACUCCGAACGGAUUGUGUACGAUGCGGUCUGGAGCACUUAUCCGCGAAUUGUGGAUCCUUCGCGCUCGAAGCAGUACCAACCGGGAGCCGGCAUCACAGCAUCCAAGGAGCUCGGUCGGAUACCUCAGGUGAACCAAACCUAUGCACUUUGGGAAGCCUCCUAUGGCCUGAUGAAUGAACAUGGCCUGGGACUGGGCGAGUCCACGUGCCCCGCCUUCCUGGUUGGGAAAGGAGUGUCUGAUGGUGGAGCUGCCCUUUUCAGCAUUGGGAAUCUCAUGGCCAUCGCCUUGGAGCGAUGCAAGACUGCUCGCUGUGCGAUCCAGACCAUGGGUGAGCUUGGUGCCAAGUACGGCUUCUAUGGCGAGGAUCCCGGCUAUGGCGGUGCCGGGGAGGCAACUCAGGGACCCACUGCCGAGGAGGUCGUCGUCCCAUCUCUGCCGAAGGCUAAGGACGAUGCUGCCGAAGAAACCUCGACACAGUCUCCGGCUCCUUCCAUGGAAGCCGAGAGCACUGCAUCCCCUGCCGCGAUGCCGGAAGUCGAUGCCGCAUCAGGAGAUGAAACAGCCGAAGCUCCGUGUCAGGCAGCGAGACCAGCCGGCAUGAAGCCUGUGCACCUGGUGCACGAAACUAGGUUUGGGCUCCUCGUGGAGAAGUUCAAAGCCUGCGAAGUGUGGGACGAGUCAGGCACCCUCAGGAACAUCGACAUGGCGAAGUUCUUCGAGGCUUGUGAGCUGUACCGCGACAUGCUCUCCAAGCUUGGCUCAGCAACCGGCUUCGUUCUCAGUGACAUUGAGAGCAACUUAAAGAAGGCCCAGGUGGUCUACGAGCAGGCUCCAGAAGAGAGGGCAACUUUUUCCGGCUAUCUCAAAUCCUCCUCCGUCGUCGGUGUCACGUGGCUCCUGAGGGGUGUGCAGUUCUUCCUGACUAUGAUCAAGCUGAUGUUCACCCAGGAGACCGGCAAUGCCGGUGUGGAGGCCUACAAGCAAACCCUCAUGCAGUACCACGGAUGGAUGCUCCAGAAGACAGUGAAGAUUGGGAUGCGUGCCAUGCCAGGAAAGGAUGGCAUCGUCAAGUCCGAUGGCCUGGUUCUGGGUGACGUGUCGCUCGAGCAGAGGGCAAAGCUUUGCGAGCGCGAUGCCCCGGCGGCCUCUGCAGCCGGACUGAAAGUGGUGCAGUGGAUGGUGGAGACGAUGAAGAAGGAAGGGAAGUGGGCCGUGACCCUGGUGGAUCGCACGGGGGAAGCUUGGGUCUUCCACAUCUGCGGUGGAGUUCCCAACAAUGCGACCUCGGCACCCUGGGCUGGACAACGUGGUGCGCUCUGGGUCGCCCAACGCGUGCCCAGUGGCCAUGUGGCCGUGAUUGCCAACAGCAUGAUCAUCCGCACAGUGGACUUGGCGGACAAAAAGAACUUCAUGGCGCACCCUGGAAUCGUGGAUCUUCUGAAGGAGUCGGGGCUCUGGGAUGGCUUUGGCCCACUGGAUUGGCAGCGCAUCGUUCAACCCGACUUGGCCACCUUCAGUUACUUCCCGGGACUCGCGCCCAUCCCGAUGUACUCGACCCUGCGUAUGUGGGGCGUGUACCGUCAAGCAGCGCCCAACUCUGGCCUCCAAGCCACGCCGGACUUGGGAAGCUUUCCCUUCUCCGUGCCGGUCGAGGGCAAAGCGACGGUUCAGGACGUGAUGAACUGGUUCCGGACGCACUACGAGGGUACCGAGUUCGACAUGCGCUACGGCAGCUUGGCCGGACCCUGGCAGUCUCCCAACCGUGCCGAGGGCGGCGUCGGCGCACGAUCGGUUCCCGGACAGUUCGCACGGUCCACCUCCAUUCCACGCACUUCCUACACACAGAUUGUGCAGUCCGGGCCCAUUCACCAGCCGCGUGUCUGGUUCGCCCCUGACUGCUCGGCAUCUUCCGUCUUCGUUCCGUUCUUCUCUUCCGCCCUGGCGGAUGCGGAUGGCCGGUUCGACGUGGAGGCAUAUGGAACUGGCUCCCAGAAAUCAUUCGUCUUCUCGAAGCACGACACUGUACGGCCGGCGUGGUGGGCGUUCGACUUUGUGGCAAACUGGAUGGAGAUCUCCUACCAGAACAUGUCAGAGCAGUACGUGUACACGGCGGUGCAAAGCACGCAGCUGCGCGUCGUAGAAGAAACAGAAGAAGCUCUUCGGAAAUCCGACAAGAUGCACGCCAAAUCUGCUGCGAAGCAUUUGGCGGAUUUCCAGAGCAAGCUGCAGCGCAACAUCACCGAAGAAUGGUGGGCCUUGGCAGACAUGCUGGUAGUCAGAUACAACGACAUGUUCUACAACUACCCCCCGGAAACGCCUCACCAGGUCUCUGACAUUGGGUAUCCGGCCUUCUGGCUGGAGAUGAUUGGCUUUAACCAGGAGUUCUACAGGCCUCACUGGGUCUUGCCCUCCCUCGUGCCGCCGUCACUUCUCCCUCAGAUGAUCAAGGACCAGCUGAGCAACCUAGCUCCGGUCCUCAAGUGGGGAGUUCGUGGCUACGGCACCUCCGAUAGCGCAACCAGCAUUUCCGCCACGAGCGAGAGUCCGCUUGUAAGCGUGGUCGUGGCGUCUAUGAUGUGCCUGGGCACCUAUGCUCUGGGCUUCUGGAGAGGCCGCCGCUCUGCUCCAGCAAGCCAUGAUGCCUACCAUCGUCUGAGCGCAUGA